AUGUGGUCGGAUCCAGUGCCAAACGACUCUUCUCCGCAAAUGGACAGCUUCUUGGCAUCAAACAGAGCACAGAAGAACUUCCACCCCGUUGGAACCUCGUACACGUUCAAGCCUUGGGCCUUGGCGACCAGGUCCAGUGCACCGGACGUUGGCAUCGAUCUGGCAAGUCCGUGCACACCGUUCUUUCUGAAAUACGGAAUGCUCUUGGCGUGCUCGGCAAUGAUUGCCACACUGUCUCCAGGCGAGACAAAGGCUCCCGCGCCCCGUGGAGUCGAUGAUUUCCACCUCCAAAGGACCGUACGACUUGGUUCCAAUUUGGGCCAGAUCGACCUCGGGCAGAUCCUUGAUGAUCUUGUAGGACUCGAGCUUCAAAGAGGCCUCGUAAAUCUUAUUGGUGACGGACUCCGGAGCAGGGCCUCCAUUUCCGAGAUUAUACUUAAUUCCGCAAUCGUGGUUUGGUCCACCUGGAUUGUGGGAGGCGGUCAAAAUGAUACCUCCAGUGAUUCCCUGAGCGUAUGUUCUGAUGAUCAAAGAGGCAGCGGGAGUGGACAGAAUACCGUUCUGACCAAUGAUCAGCUUCUUGACUUUGUUAGCGGCACCGAUCUUGGCAAUCACCUGGACAAUGUGGUCAUUGUAGUAUCUUCCGUCUCCUCCAACAACCAACGUGGAGCCCUCAGCGCCUUCUGGAAUGGCAUCGAACACUGCUUGGAUGAAGUUCUCGGUACGGAGGACCAGAUUUUGGACAUUGCGCGGUCAGUGGGGCCUGUUGUUUCGUCAAAGCUUCUUUUUGACCGAGAAACAGGCAAGUCCAAAGGGUAUGCCUUCAUCGAGUACCAAGACCUAGAGACCGCGAGAUCGGCCGUGCGAAACCUCAACAACUAUGCGAUAGGCAACAGGUAUUUGAAGUGCAAUUUUUCGAGCGAGCAGGCGGUGAUCAACACGUUCAAGACACAGGGAUCUAGCGAGCUGGCCGAGCUGGAGAAACAGAUCCCGCCUUUGCCUCCGGGGAUGAUCAUGGCAAACGGCAGCAUGGAGAGUCUGAACAACCAGAUCAACGCUGCUCUGGGCACUCUGGAGCCAACACGACUACGCAACCUACUUAGAGAUGCCCAGAUUAUGUCUGAGAACAAUCCGCAACUGAUGGGGCUUUUGCUCGAGAAACAUCCACAGUUAUUGUUUGCGCUGGUGCAGACGUCCAUGAGUCUUGGGCUGAGCUCGACGGAACAGAUUAAAGAGCUGCUUGUGGAGACGAAAAAAGAGCCAGAUUCGGCUCCGGCAGCUGCCCCCACCACGACCGAUACCGGAGCAGACAACCCGCUGGCCGCGCUGGACCCGGACCAGCUACAGGCGAUCCGGACGAUCUGUGCAAUGUCCGAGGCCGAUAUCCAGCAGGUGGCCCCGGACCAGCAGCAAUUAUACCGCGAAAUCCAGAACCGGUAUAAAAUGUAUUUGUAG